CACAUCCAUAAGAGCGGCUUUGCUUCUGCAGACUUGACAACGUUUCACCUCUGUCAGAAACAUCUCGGCAAAAUCUGUACAGGAUUCUUGGCAAGAAACAGACAAUUGGUUAGGUGGCUUCCACUCAUCCAUACUAUACUUCGUCAGCAUGACGCGCUUUCUGUCAGAGGCUAGGAUUCUCCGGAUCUGAUCUCCACACAGUUGGCUCAACGGGCUGUUUCAGAGCCAAAAGCAGCUCGCACAUCAAGGCUUCUCCAUGAUCUCUCAGAUAGGAUAGCACUAGGCUCCAAGCUUUGCGAAGUCCGCAGUCACACUAAGUUGGACCACUCAGCACCCUUUGCAAGAACACGUGAUUCUUCUCAAUCCACCGAAGCGCCCUGUUUGCGCCUCGCCGCUGCCGCUCCAUCCACCAUGAGCAAGAAGUGCAACACACAAGCGAUCUUCCUCUCGAAGGAUAUGGCCAGAGAAGACUUUGGCAUGGUGGCAGGACCGCCGCCCAAGCGAGACGGUCGAGGUGAUGGUGGGGGCGGUGGUGGGGGCGGUGGGAUGCGUGCUUGGGGUGGCAGACAGGAUCCCUAUGAAGACUCUUGGGGUGGAGGAGGCGGAGGAGGCGGAGGAGGAAAGGGGAAAGGCGGGGGCAAGAGUUGGCGUGAGCCUUGGGAUGAUCGUGGUGACUACUACGAUGACUUUGAUGGUGGCUAUGGCUACGGCAAAAGCAAAGGAAAGGGAUGGAAGGGCAAAGAUGGUGGCAAGUAUGGCAAGGGGGGUGGCAAGUAUGGAGGCAAAGGCUAUGCAUCCUACGGCAAGGGUGGGGGCGGCUACAAUAGCUACAACAGCAGCUACAAUAACUACUCCAUGCAUGAUGAGCGCGGAGGGCGCGAAAGGUCACCUCGCCGAGGUCCUGCUGGAGGGAGGUGGAAGCAUGACAUGUUUGGGGAGAAGGAUGACGGUGCCUUCCGGAACUUUGGCGGCGGCGGCGGCGGUGGCCGCUUUUCGUCGGUCCGAAAAGGGAAGGGCAAAGGCAAGAGCAAUGGCAAGCCGGCUGACCCCAAACAACUUGACCAGGAAUUGAGCAAGUACUUCGGCAAAGAACCUGAUGGCCUUGAUAAAGAGAACCUUGACACCGAGUUAGAUUCGUACAUGAAAGAGAAGACGGAGAAGAGUAAAGAAAAGGAGAGCACAGAGGCCAAGGAGACGCCAGAGAAAUGAGAAGACAAAGCGUGAAAAGCACGAAGAGAUGCCUGCUUGAGCAAGAUCAGAUGAACCAGAUCCAAGUGAUCCAAUGUUCUCACAGCAUUUGGCCAAAGCUGAGGCAAUUUGCUUUAGUUGUGUGAGCCGUUGCAAUGUACUGAGGAGAUGUGUAGAGUUAUGAACACUGAACACCAACGCCCGGGGAGAAAAGACACGCUCAUGCUGCCUGUCAGAGAUACAAUCCGGUCUAAACUUGCACAUGAGGG